GCUCGCUCUCUCUCUCUCUGUCUCUCUCUCUCUCCCCGCUCACCCACGCACCCGCGCGCUCCCCGCUCUCCACGCGCUCCGCGCCUCUCGCCCCCCCGCGCGUCCCCGACACGUGCGCGCCCCGCCCCGCCCCGUCCCGCCUCUCAGCCCUGGAGCGGCGGCGGAAGCGCUGCGAGCGGCGGCGCGGGAUGGAGCCGCCGGCCAAGGAGGGGCCGAUGUUCGUGCAGCACAGCAACAAGUUCGGCGCCAAGCGGUGGAAGCGGGGCUGGUUCGCGCUGUUCCCGGCCAGCCAACACGGCGUCGCUCGCCUGGAGUUCUUCGAUUGCAAAGACGCGGCGGGUCCAGCCGGGCGGUUGGGUACGCGGCGCCUGGACAAGACGGUGGUGCGCCUGGCGGACUGCACCAGCGUCACCCCCGCGCCCUCCGAGAGCGGCCCCCGGGCCGGCACCGCCGCCUUCCGCCUGGAGACCAGCGGCCGCAGCUACCUCCUGGCGGCCGAGCAGCAGCAGAGCGAGGAGUGGGUGGCCAAGCUGUGCGAGAUCGCCUUCCCGAGGAAUGGCUCCAGAAAUGCUACUGUGGCACUCCAGUGUUGUGGAGAGGGCAGCAGGGAGGCGCCAGUCCUGGAGAUGGCUGUGAACUCUAUCUACUAUUCGAGAGAUGAAGUGAAUGCCUUCUGGGUGACGGUGCAGCGGACUGAGGCUGCGGAGCGGUGUGAGCUGCGCGGUUCCUACGUGCUCAAGGCUGAACGUGACAGCCUCAUCCUGAAGGACCCACGGACCAGUGAGAUCCUCUACGUCUGGCCCUACCGGCUACUCCGGAGAUACGGCCGGGACAAGGUAAUGUUCUCCUUUGAAGCUGGCAGGCGCUGUGAUUCUGGACCAGGGAACUUCACCUUCGAGACCAAGCAGGGCAAUGAGAUCUUCCGCUUGGUGGAAGCCUCCAUCCGGGAACAGAAAGCUCAGGUGGAGGAGAACCAGCAGAGCUGUGACUCGUUGGAAUCUGACAGCGCCAGUGUGGUGCUGCUCCGCCAGGCCUUGGCUGAUGCACUGAGCCUGGAGCAGCCCACGGAAGGAGAUGACGCUGCAGCAGCCAAGGCAGGCCUGGCACCCCGGCCUUCUGCUGCAGCAGAGGAGAGAGAUGCGAUAUCACUGCUGAAGACCCGGAUGCUGCCAGAGCCACCCGUGGUGCAGGCCAAGCCCCCGCUCACCAGCACCCCUCCACGCUCCCCUCUGCCCAAGGCACCGCGGGCCGUCCUGCCAGACAAGGAUCCCUCCAGCCUCUACUCAGAGCCUCUGGACUCCGUGAAGAGCUUCCGACCCAGGCCGGACCCACUGUACGCAGACCCCAUUGACAGCAAGGCCGCGGGGACUGCGGAGGGGGCGAAUCUCCGGGUGCUGUUCCCGGGUUCCUGUGAGCAGCUGCGUGCCGAGGGCUGCGGCCUGCCGCGGAAGGAGCACAUCUACGACGAGCCCGAGGGCUGCGCACCCCGCAUGCUGCCCGCCGCCGCCGGCAUCUACGACGAGGCACGGCCCAUAGGCGAGGCCUGGCGCACGCAGGGCCACGAUGGCAAGAGCGGCUACGAGUUCCCCUACAGCCCCAGUACUGAUGACUAUUCAGUUCCUGCCUUCAAGACCAAGGGCCCCAAGCCAGUGCCUGCUCCCAAGCCCCCGGCAACGUUCAUCUCCAAAUGUGCUGAAAGAAGUGAGGACCCUGGCAAGCGGCGAGGGAAUCUUGCUCCUGAGAAGGCGGCCGUCAAACCUGGCCUGAACAGCAGCAACAACAACAACACGGAGGUGCUGUACUGCCGGGUGAUGAAGCCCCAGCUUGGGCAGAGGAAGGAGCAGAGUGUGGAUGAGUGUAGCUUGUCUCCUGUCUAUGAGGACCUAGGAGAGAUAUAACUCUGUUCUGCUCUGCAUCUGCCUGGGGGGCUUUGAGGCCCAAACUCAACAAGGAGUGGCACAGGCGGCUGUGUUCCAUGGCCUGGCACAGGGCUGGGGGCUGUGUGGGACGGGGCAGAGCCCCUCCCGCUCGUCAGCUCUGAGGGGCUUUGUCUCCUUGGGGCUGUCCCACACUCCCAGGCUCAGAGUGCACUGGUGCUGGUGCUGCUUGGCUCCAGAGCCAGCCUCGCUGACACCUGGUGGGGCAGGAGGGUGAGCUCUGCACUGUGCCUGCUGCUUUGACUCCAGAGGCUCUGGCUGUGCUAUGCCUUCCUCUCUAGGCCAGCCAUGGGACUAAGAGGCUCACUGCAGUGCCUGGGGGGCUGCUUGCCAUCAGUCUCCAAAAGUAUUUUUAUACCAAAUUAUUUUGAUAUUAAAAUUUGUAUGUCUUAUGAUGAAGUGUUUGCAUGUGGCAUGUUAGGCACGUAGCUGGGGAGAUGCUGGUGCAGUGCUGUGGUGUGUGAUGCCCUGUGGAGCAGUGCUCGCGCUCACGCUGUCUGUGCCAAAGCUGCUGAGCUAAGAGCAAACCAUAGAGACAGUGGGUGGCAGCUCCAGCAGUGGCUGGGAUGCCCUGAUGCCAAGGGAUUGAGGGAUGUGAGAAUCAGCCCCACUGAGGCUCUAGUGUGCUAGUCAGGAUGAGACAUGGGAUGACCUGAAAAAAUGCAGGACUCUCUUGGUCAGGGCCAGGCUCAAGGUCUGUGCUGGAGCUCAGUGGCUGUUGAUCGGUCACAGGUUCUCUGCUUAACCUGGUGCAUUCCUCUGCUGAUUUCCCCUUUUAUCCUCACGUGCUUGUGGGAGGCUGAGGAUGGCCCAGUCUGAGUCCCGUUGAUUUUGAUGGUAAAUACUGUGAUUGUGCUGCUUACAAGGCGAAAGGUUUGGCUAUGAUUUCUGCGUGCCUUGGGCAGAAACCUGCACAGGGAAAAAAUACGUUGAUCUUUUGGUGUUGGUAAUGGUUGUGAGAGAUUUUGUCUCCUCUGUGUGGGGCUGUGCCAGGCACCUUGGUGCUGCCUGUCCCUCAGUCUUGUGCUGCUGAUGGCUUCUGCAGGUUCACCAGCCUGCUGAUGGAGGUGGAAGCAGAAGUCUAAUAUUCCUGUGCAGAGGACUAAGCAUGAAUUCAGUAGCCCAAGCUCACACCCAGAGAGCCACAAGCUGGUAGCAAGGUGUGCAGGGCUGUGUUCACAUUCCCAAACUGGUGAGAUGGAAGCGAGCAGUGGUUUCUGACUGGGUGUGUGAUGUCUGGGUUGCAGGAGGAGCUUCUGUAAAAGUGCAGCAACAACUUGAACCAGUUUGUUGUUGUUGUCUUGUGCUCCAUACUCUUUUCUGCUGGGGUUUUGCUGCAGUAAACUGGAGAAACACCUCAGAGGUGUUUUGGGAACCAGAGAGAGGCUGAUAUUGUUCCUGCCCAGGACAGGGGUGUGCCUGCUCCCUGUGCACAGCUGGGGUGGGGUGACCCCAUGCAGGUGCUUCAAGUCCUAGGAAUUCUCAGGGAAGAGCUCUGGGCAUUGCAUUGGGGGGCACCUGCCCAUAAACCUUCUUUGUGACUGCAGUGUAGGGCUCUAACACUGGAGUGGUGAAGUGCAGCCUCCAAGGAGCUGAGCUUUGGGCUCCACCUUGCACACUGUGGUGGGUACUCGCACAUCUGCAUCACUGCAGUUGCUGUGUCUGAGGAUACUGAGUGUGUCUGACCCAGCUUUCACUGUAAAGAAUGCCAGAGAAGAGGGAAAGUGCUCCAGUAUCUGUGCUAGAUUCAGUGCUCUCCCUGCAGCCCUGCACUCCUCCUGGAUGGGAUGUUUGCUCUUCUUGCUUCAACAGUGACAUCUUCUCUCCAUUAACUGGCCUGAAACUAAAAGGUAGGCGCACAAGGCAACAUUUGUCUUCUGCAUUUGUCCUGCUUUGCCACAUGUCAACAGUGCGUGCAGCACAGAAAGCUCUUGCAGAUGUGGAGAGCAAUCCUUUUUCUGGCUCACUGUUGUAGAUCAGGCUUGCCAUCUCCCUCAGGCUGCUGCUCUGCACUCCAACUUUUCUCCUUUCUGAAAGCAGGUUAGGGUGCCAUAAGUGCUUUGAGAAAGCAUAAGAAAUAAGGCAAAUAAAGAGUGAGCUUUUGGCUGGUCAUCCUGUAGCCAAAGUUGCAGUGAAUUCUAGGAGCAGAUGACCUUGCUGAAUUUUGGUCUGGAUUAGGUUUAUUCGGUCUGCUUUCUUUUGUUUCCUGUUAUUUCCACGUGUUGAACAGUGAAGCAGCUGGGUGAGGCUCACAGAUAGCCCUGGCACAUCACAGUCACUGUGUCAUGACUGAAUGCAGUCUGCUUACUUGGGGAACAGCAUCCUGCAUCUUCUGCCUUGUCUGUGUGCUCGGAGGAUGGCUGCGUGGUGCACAGAAUGUCAUUUGGAUAUCAGGCUUCCUUGUAUGUGGGCAGCCUAUGAGCCUUCCUGUUCUGUUUGCUAAAAGCCCAAACUCCAGCUGAGAAAUGUUACUGAGUACAGCAGGUCUAGCAGCCACGGCUGAGAUGAAGCAGCAUUCGUGGUCUCUGUAGGCCAGUUGGCAGUUUUUAUCAGGAGAAAAAUACUUGGGAACUGCCAAAGCCCAGCCACAUUCUUCCCCUUUGUACCACCUUUUUCUGUUUCUCGUUCUGGAAAACGUCCUUUUAUAACCACUUCCUCCUCCCAUAUGGGGUCCUAGCAUGGUGCAGGUGUGAGACAGCUGUUCUGCCAUUAGGGAGAGCACUCAAAAACACACUGGCUGUGGGGUUAUUGCCCUGCUUCACACUGGUGACCAGGCAGAAGGCUUCAGAAGGAACCCCCAGACGCUCCCAGAGCUGUGAUUUCUUUCCCCUUUUCCCUCUUUGUGAGUUUCUCCUUUGUCAGCCUCCUUUCGUUCACAGCAAACCAUCAGCUGCUGUUGAUGUACCCUUUCCUACUGAUAGAAUUACCCGAGUAAUUUCUAAAUGAGUCAUCAGAUCAGAUAAGGAGGGAGGGGAUUGUUUUAUCUGCUUGGUUUUUCAUAUUAUCAGGUUAGCAUGCUGGAGGUGAAACCACUUUUGUGUGCAUUACUGCCAUUUGUUUCUGGCCACUUCUCAUUUCCUCACCCUCUGAGCUUGUUUGUUAAGGACUGGUGAGGACUGGCCAUCUGCAUGCACGCACACCCCAGGAAAUGCAUCUCCCUGUGCUGCUAGGGAUGUCUACCCUUCCCUCCAGGUACUGCCCCGAGCAGCUGCCUGCAUACUGCCACCUGCCCAGGCAUGGGGAGCUGCCAGGGCAUGGGAAGCUCAGAUGCACGCAGCAGAAACCAGCAGCAAAGGCACAGAGCAAGAUGGGGAGUGGUGUGUCUGGGCUUUGUGCCGUGCUUGAGUCAGGCUGUGUGCAGUUGUUGAUGGCACAGCUCCCACACGGACACAGAAAGCAGCGUCUGGUUCAUCUCAGUCUCAGCAGCAACUGUGUGGUGCCCUUCCUUGGCCUCAAUGCUUGGAGGGGUCCUGGUGCUCUCAUCUACAGCACGCAUUGUACUGUAGGGAUUCAGGUAUCAGAUGAGAACACGACUACUAGAGGUAAAUAGGGUCUUGGCACCUUUUCUUCCAUUGGGUGCUUUACCAUCUCAGUGCACAUCUCAUGAGUGGGUGGAAAAUAGGUAGCAAUCAGAGCCUGCUCGUGAGCUGUGAUCCUGGAACAAACAGCUGGCUCUGUCCUGCCG